CUGUUGAAACCCAAGUGCAACUGUCCUGAGCUGGAAAGGGUUGACUGUCGGCUCGAGAAUAAGGAACUCUGGGACCGGUUCCACGAGUUGGGCACCGAAAUGAUUAUCACCAAAACUGGAAGGCGUAUGUUUCCGACAGUCCGCUGUUCAUUCAGUGGAGUCGAAUUGGACGCCCGGUAUGUGGCGCUCAUGGAUAUCGUUCCCGUAGACGUCAAGAGGUAUCGGUACGCAUACCACCGGAGCUCAUGGUUGGUGGCCGGUAAGGCCGAUGCACCGGCACCCGUACGGCUAUACAUGCAUCCCGACGCCCCAUUCACUGGCGAACAGCUACGCAAACAAGUGGUCUCGUUUGAAAAGACCAAGCUCACUAAUAAUGAAAUGGAUAAGAGUGGACAUAUCGUAUUGAACUCAAUGCACAAAUACCAGCCCCGCAUACAUUUGGUGAAACUGAGGCCCGACUAUCACUAUAACGGCAACACUCCUGUUAUUAAUAACGUUGAAUACCAACAGUUCCGCACUUUUGUGUUCCCGGAAACACAAUUCAUUGCAGUCACUGCUUAUCAAAACCAAUUGAUAACGAAACUGAAAAUCGAUAGCAACCCGUUUGCCAAAGGCUUUCGCGACUCGAGUAGACUAACUGACCUGGAAAGGUACGAAAUGUAA